AUGGAAAACAAAGAUCAAACACACUCAAACAAAUUAACCCGAGUUGGGACUAAGAUGGCCAAUGAAAAUAUUCCCACAGUUGACCUCUCUCCUUUCUUCACAAAUGGUGAUGAAGAUGGGAAGAGGAGGGCCAAAGAAAAAAUUAGCCAAGCAAGCUCUGAAUAUGGCUUCUUCAACGUGGUGAACCAUGGAGUACCCCUAGCUCUGAUAAACCAAGCCAUGAAGCUCUCUAAGAUGUUUUUCGAUACCCCGGACGAGGAGAAGCUCAAGAUAUUUGUCCUGCGCCUGGGGUGGCUCUCCCCGGCGGUUCCAAUGUGGAUAUCUUAA